AUGACUUCAUUAAAUCCUAGUAGCUCAAAGGGGUGGAAUCAUAACAAAAGACAACAAAAGGCAAUGUCGGAAUGUUCUAGUAGCUCAAAGGGGUCGAAUAUGAGGUGUCGUUGCGGACUUGCUACCAAUUAUUUCAUGGAAUGGACUCCUUCAAAUGCUGGGAGAAAGUUUUUCAAGUGCUCGAAGCAUGAGGAUGAAAAAUAUUCCUAUUGGGAAUGGCAAGAUGAAGAGCUUCCUCUUAGAGUUUCAAAUCUCAUAUGCAGUUUAAAGAAGGAAAAUGAAGCUCUAAUCCGUGAAAGAAAUAUUCUCCACAGGAAAGUUUGA